AGCGAAGCCCCGCCCCGUUUCGCUAUCAACUCCUCCCGGUUUAAUGUAUCAAGUCUGUGACGGGUCACGUGACUCUCAGAAGGGGGGAGUAAAUGUGAGAUGUGUGUGUUCAGAGCCGAGUUGCAGUCCUAUGCCUGCAUUCCUCCUCACAUCAAGGUUUUUUUGCUUGCAAGAAUAUAGGCCUAUACAUCAUAAAUAAUAACACGGACAACGAGUGGAUUACAGCUCCGUGCGUUUGGAUUUCCCAGGGAUUUUACUCUGAUUCAACGCCUCUGGACGGUACCAAACGAAGUCUACCGGCAAUGUACGUUUUCUGGAAGUAUUAGCUUGAAUUGAGAGCAUACAAAUGAGACAUCAAAACGCGUGGGGACAAAUGCCAUCACUAUUUUACGCACGGUAUAGCCAGAUUGCAACGUCAAAGACGCCUGAGAAAUACCAACUCUGAAGAAUAAUCACAUCUUCACAUUGAUUUUUGCAUGGUUUAUGGUGUACAAUCGGGACAGACAAGUGGAGAGAGACUGAGCCGGAAUAGGCCUAUCGCAGAUUCCUUCGUACAGGACUCGGAAUGGUGGGAGCACGAGCAGUUUGACAGAUGGGCUCUAUUCUUGACUAUACCAUUCGCUACAAUGCAAAUAAGGGGUGACGAACUUGGUCGAUUUAAUGGGCUAUGCUUAAACCUUCGAGGCAUCAAACUGUCUUCUUUAAACCAAACCUACUCAGUAACACUGCAAUAACAGAGGCUACGCAAUUGGAUUGCAAAACCUGAUUCUCGCCUCAGCGGAAUUACAUUACUUUUUGUGUGACAAGAGUCGAACGGCCUUCGGCGCUGUUUUAUGGAAUUAUCGUUUAUACAGACUUGUGGUUUCGUACAGCCUUUCACACACCAACUAACGCGGUAGAUUGGUGGCGAAACUGCAAAACUGAAUCAUCACUUCCGAGCAAAAGAUUCAGGAGUGUCCCAAUAGGACAUAUAGCCCAAUUGUUCUCCCCCUCUCUCUUUUUUCACUUGACUCACCACCCGAAUCCGUCACCAUGGCGGAGAACUGGAAAAACUGCUUCGAGGAGGAACUUAUUUGUCCCAUCUGUUUGCAUGUGUUCGUGGAACCUAUACAGCUGCCUUGUAAACAUAACUUCUGCCGGGGAUGCAUAAGCGAGGCCUGGGCCAAAGACACGGGCAUGGUCAGGUGCCCAGAGUGCAACCACGCCUACAAUCAAAAGCCAAAUCUGGAGAAAAACAUCAAACUGACGAACAUUGUGGAGAAGUUCAACGCCAUCAACGUCGAGAAAACGCCCGCAAUACUCCAGUGCAUCCUGUGUCGGCGAGGGCCACCUCUGCCCGCACAGAAAGUUUGCCUUCGCUGCAACGCACCUUGCUGCCAAUCCCACGUCCAGACGCAUCUCCAGCAGCCCUCUCCAAACCCCGGUCACUUGCUAGUGGAGGCCGAGGAUGUGCAGGCCUGGAGCUGCCCCCAGCACGACGAAUACAGACUCUACCACUGCGACGUGGAACAGGUGGCCGUAUGCCAGUACUGCUGCUUCUCCCGGUGCUCGCCAAACCACGGGCACGCCGUGUGCGACGUGGAGGUUCGGCGCAAUGACAUACGGGUAAGUGGAGCUGGUGAAAAUGUAUGUUGUUUUUCCUUCCUUCAGAAUAAAAGACAACCAACAGCUGUGAAGAAAAGAACCUUUCUCGAAGGUGCAUGAUAGGCACAGGUAGGCCAAAGUGAGAAAUCCAUAAUGUGUUUUGGAAACUUUGAAAUGCAUUGUCUAGGUUCUGUUGAUGGAUAAACUCUAAUCUUAUCGUUUGGACUGCUAUCAGACUGCUAUCUGUCUGGUAUGUUAACCGACAAAAUCAGAUUGGGCAAAAUCGUCACAGGACAAGUGCACUAGGUCAGUCAAAUGAUGGUAAUGUGGAUCUCUAAUAGGCUGGUAGCAUGUUGCAUCUAUAAUGAGUAUCAUAAUGAGAACCAGAUACCUUACAGAUGAAAAUCAGGGACAUUUCCAUGAGUUGUCCUUGGGAACUGGUGAUAUUCCCAGAUCCACUGUCAAGAUGAAAGCGAAAGCCCAACUGUGGUGAAACUUCAACUCCCAUUGUCAUUGCGAUACAGCACUCCACAUCAUACAGUGCUUUACUGCUCACAAAUAAAUUGCAUUUAUGCCUCACCCGUGCAAGGGGGCAGCCCCAAUGGCACCCCAAGGGAGCAGUGCGAUGGGACUGUUCCAUGCUCAGGGUACCUCAGUCAUGGAGGAGGAGG